AUCGUAGCCCUUCAUUAUACCCUCUUAAAUAAGUUGCAUCGACUAGUGUAGGGUUUCUCUAAUCCGGCAUAAAGGCAAAAACCCGAGCUUUAUCUUGGCACUCUCACUCUCAGCUGCAGAUCUCUUGGAUCAUCGCUUCCUUUCCUGUCUGUCGACAUGUUUACUUCAAGGAAGAAGAUCCACAAAGAUAAAGAUGCUGAGCCCACUGAGUUUGAAGAGACAGUUGCGCAGGCAUUUUUUGAUCUGGAAAAUACCAACCAAGAGCUGAAAAGUGACCUGAAGGAUCUUUACAUAAAUUCUGCAGUUCAAGUCGAUGUUCUUGGGAAUCGAAAGGCUGUCAUCAUUCAUGUUCCCUACAGAUUAAGGAAAGCCUUCCGCAAGAUACAUACUAAGCUUGUGAGAGAGCUUGAGAAGAAGUUUAGUGGCAAGGAUGUUGUCCUGAUUGCCACCCGGAGGAUACUGAGGCCACCAAAGAAAGGUUCUGCUGCUCGGCGUCCACGCAGCCGCACACUCACUUCUGUUCAGGAAGCAAUGCUAGAGGAUAUUGUCUUGCCUGCCGAGAUUGUUGGGAAGCGUGUCCGAUAUAGAAUUGACGGAUCCAAGAUAAUGAAGGUUUUCUUAGACCCCAAGGAGCGAAACAACACUGAAUACAAGCUUGAUACAUUUUCUGCAGUCUACCGGAAGCUUUCUGGUAAAGAUGUUGCUUUUGAGUAUCCAGUAACAGAGGCCUAGAAAGAGCUACCCGUAUGAACUUUUUAAUCAUUGUCAAUGAAACUGCGAACUUUCAAAAUAUUUGAUGUUGAUGAGUUGGUUUAGAAACAGGAAACAUUUAUGAUGGAUCUUGUUUUUGGCAUUAUGUUGUCGUAUGGUUUUGACAAAUGUAGUAUUUGGUGCAUUAAUCAAUCUUGAAUUAGCUGA